AUGAGUGAAUUCCGGAUACACCAUGAUGUAAACGAACUCAUCAGUUUACUGCGUCUGCAUGGAACUGAGGGAGCGGAACAUUACAUUGAUCUUCUGCAGAAGAAUCGCACUCCUUAUGUAACAACUAGUGUCUCAGCCCAUAGUGCCAAAGUAAGGGCCUGUCUUUUCCUGGGCACCAAUCUACCCUAUUUUAUCAUCUUUGAUAACAGACCUGAAAUGUUAAAAUUAUAAUAAAAGUCAGUAUUACAUACAUAGAACAUAAACAUGCUAAGUACUAUGCUUUAACAGUUGAGCAUCAGGUAGAUGUUUCCAUUUAAGUUCAGAAUCCAAGACUAUGUGUAAAUACAAUAAUACGUUGUACAUGCAGAGUCAAAGCAUAACAAAUUUUAACACAUAUUAAACUUUAACAUUUAUAAAAAUUUAUAUGUAUUGCAUAAGCUUGGUACAGUUUCACUAUACCCCAUCUUUUAAUAGUUCAUAUGUGCCUCUUUAAAGGAACACUGCACUGUUGAACUUACUAUCCCUAUUAAUGUAUUAUAUAGAUGAUACCUUUUAACACAUGUAUUGAUUUAAAUAUAUUAUUAAAUACAACACACUGCAAAUGUUAUUUUAAAAUUAUAUGCUUAUAUAUGUGCAGGCUGUAUACUUAGUACAAUGUGUCGAUAUAAUUAGAAGUAGUUUUUUUUUUUUUUUUUGCAGUGUUCCAUUCAUAGUGAUCAACUGGUCAGCCAAUGAAUGACCGGCAGGAUUGGUUUCUUCAGCUCAGGAGAAGCUGGAAGCAUACCACUGGCCAUUCCAAAAGACUUGCUGCCCAGGGGAUCCUGGGUAAUAGGGCAAACCACUGCUAAACAGUUUGCCCAGUUGCUGGAGAAAUGGGCCAGAAUACUCCUGGCAUCAUGACCACUACAGCAGGCUGUAGUGGUUAUGAUUCUUGGAGUAACACUUAAACCACUUGCAUGGGGUUCUGUAGGGUCCCCUAUGCAAGUUGUUUGGGCAACCUGCAGACCCCAGGUAAGUGGUCCUGGUGGAGCACAAGAGCAUUCCUAGCACUCUAACCACUACUGCGGGUUGUAAAAUUCUUGUUUAGGUUUAAAGUCUGUCUUUAGUUAGUAUUUAACUAUGAAAUGAAAAAGAAGGCAGCAUUGUAAUAAGAAGAGAACAUUUGUUGCCUUUCUUAAUGUGCUUCGAACACUGAGGGACCUGUACAGCAAAUCCUGAAUUGAUUGUCAUUCACCCUCCGAAACUCUGCACAUACAUUUAGUACGAGUUCAAAACAGGCAUUGAAGAUACCUAAGGUCCUCCUAGAGCUGCCAGAUUUUCAUGAACACAUAUGACUUGCUCAAGUUGAUAUGUACUUAAAUUGCUGCCCUGCAAUAUGUUAAAUACAUAUGCCACAGGAGGCUAAUUCUGAGGGAUUCGCUGUUUUGAAUUGCGUUGUGUUUUUGUUUGUGGUUAGCAUUAUUCAUGUGUAUAAUGAAAAAAUUACAUGUGCCCAGACAAAUAAAGUAUAUUUGGCAAACAAGGCCAGACACCAAGUUGCGGGUUGGAGAUUGAUGAUUAUUGCACCUCUGAAUUAUUGUAGGUUAAAAUGCAUUAUUUCAUAUUUUAUAUUUAAAGGUUAAAAUUGCAGAGUUUUCUAGAACGCCUGAAGAUUUUCUCAAGAAAUAUGAAGAGUUAAAGUCAAAGAAUACUCGUAAUCUUGAUCCUUUGGUCUACUUGCUCUCCAAACUAACAGAAGAUAAAGAGGUAAUUGUACUGUUCUAUCAGUUUAUAGUUUAUAUUAUUUAUAAAACAGCAAGCCAUAACUCUAUUCUAGACGUAACCUUUAAAUGUCACAGUUCAAAUUGUAUGAUCAACCCAUAAUUUAUAAAAAUUAUCUGUUUUAAAAAAAAUCUAAGCAAAUGUCUCGGACUGCCGAAUAAUUAGGAGGUUCACUUUUCACUUGUUCACUUUUAAAAUACUGUCCAAACAGUGAAAUUUUCUCAUUAAGAUUCAGAAAAGUAUAUAGAUGAGCACCAAGUUAGACAAACAGUGCAAACAAGGUAUGCAUAUUCCUUCAGGCACUGGUAAUAUUCCAGGAAGGGGGGAGUACUAAUAUUAAGUCCCUUAACGCAGAACAUAAGAAUAUAAAGAAAAAAGAAAAAUAGCUAAACGAAAAUGACAGUUAAACUAGAUAGGUAUGAACUGUAUAGUACUCAGUCCAGUAUUGUGCUCCCAACUGGGUGCCUGUUCCGACAUCAGCUGAUAUCAGCUACUGAUCGUGGGAUGAAUGGCACGGCUUUGGAAAUGUUCCAGGAAAAACUCUGUCCUUCCCCAGGGUGUGUGGCUGAGGUGAGGGCCAGUUUUCUGAGGAAAGUUGCAAAGUCUUCUGCGGAGGUAAGUUGGUAGGAGCAGCCAUCUUUAGUAGCUAGCAGAACAUAUUGUUUGAGUGGCAUGCCAUAGUGACCGGUCUUCAGACAAGGGUGGAACAACACAGAUCUUGUAAGAAGAGGAGCUGCGUUUCCUCGAAUGAAUAAGGUGUUUUAUUCUUCACUGCCUCCUGGAUCUCAGACUUGUCUCGUUGCAUGAAAAAGCCCACCAGCACAUCAUAAAUGUCCCCCGGCCGGAGCCCUGCCGGAUUUGGUAAGUUGAAAGUAGCCAUCCAGCUGGAUGCUUUUUAUGUUGAUGUGUCAGUGAGGCCAUUAGGCAACGUACAAAAUGCGGCAAUCCGUGUCAUCAGCCGUUUCAGCAAUACCCCUAAUCUUUAGGUUAUUGUGCCUCCGUCAGUCUUCCAGAUUGUCCAAUCUGCCCUGUACAGCUUUAUGGGUUGCUUGUAGCUGGUGGAUCAGCUCCUUGCUGUUUACUUGGUGGUGGGUCAUGGUGGAGACUGCUUGCACCCUUGCUGUAACCACUAUAAUGUCCUCUCUAAUUAUAUCAAAGUCAGCAUUGAAGAAGGCCCUGAUGUUAUUCAUAAGUGCCUUGAUGUCUCCAUUUGUGACUGGGGCUCUUAAAUCCUCAAUUUGUGGAGUGGCCACCAACUUCUUUGUAUUGGAGAUAUCGUCAAGGGCGUCCAUUACCUCUUCCUCCGAGGAGGUAUAGGGAGACUCUAGCAGCGCCGCCAUUUUAGGUUGUAGAAGGUUGCUGAGACUGCGGGAGCCAUCUCUAGCCAGGGUUUUAAGUUUCUUCGCCUUCUUCCCCAUGUUGUGGGGGGACUCGUUUUCUGCCUGGUUCAGGGCGAGUGAGCGCCGUAGGAUGCAGUUAUGCGGUGUAGGUAAUGGGAGCUCAGCCGCCCUGCGUCUGCGCCCUCCGAAGUCCAAGCCAUGUCCCCUCUAGAUAGUUUGUGUUCUUGACCCUAUAGUAUUCCUUUAAAUAUUUGUGCAUACAACUAUCUUAAUCAAUAACUACCAUCUAGCGGACGUAGCGCAUGAUAUACUUCUAUACAUGUUUAGUGCUAGGUAGAUCAUUUUUAUAUCAAAAACAGUAUGUUUUCCAAAAUUACUUUACAAGCACUACGCAUAGUGCUUUUCAAAUGCAAAUAACUUAAUGCACAUCUUAGACUGUUUCUAUGAAAAGCGGUCUACCAAACUAACCUUAUCAAAUUCUACAAUAUAAAAGCCUGGAAGGCUUGUCAUAUCUAAACUGGUACUCCAUGCCUUCACUCUUUCAGGACGUAGAAUGGAUAAAUCCCUUAGAUAGUCUCAUUGUAUUCCAAGUAAGGGUUGGGAAGGAAACUGUUUGCCCUGCUCACCAAGAACCUUUUAUAUAUGGUCUUUUGCAAUAACCUAAACCUCUGUCUCUCUCACUUGGAGACUACCACCCAUAUCUUAUUCCACCUCAAACUCUGCAAAAUAGUAUAACUGACACCAUACCAAGUUAGGUCUUUAAAAAUUCUCGAAUAUGCAUAAAUCCCCAUCGCCAAUAUUCUUUGGGACAAUAAAAUGUAAAAAAAAAAAAAAGAAGGGUUCAGGUGACAUCCCUGUAGUACCCCUGCUGCUGACAUUUUUCUUUCCUUUUAAAAAUGUCUAUUACUUUUAACACUUCUGAAUUAUUCUAAGGUCUGACUAAAUGCAUCAUCUCCCAUAGUAUUCCCAGAUUUGAUCAUACUGUUCAUCUUAUACAUUUAAACUAUAAAUCUGUCUGUACCGUACCUUUGCUCACACCUUUUCUUUCCCAUUCCACUUUUUAAUAGUAAUUUUAUCACAUUUCUUUAUUUCUCUGCAUCAUCACCUUUGCAAUCCCCUCCAUUAGUUCCUUAGUCUUUUACUUACUAAUCUUUGAAUAAAAAAAAAUAAGCAUUGUGACUAAUAGUAAAAUAGUGCAUGAAAUUGGUAUAAUACAAUAAAAUGGGUGCUACUAUCACCUAUGUGGGUCACUCCACCACAAACAAGUGAGAAUAAAAUAGUAAAAGUGGUGAGAGCACACAAAAAAUUUAAUAAAUAUGUUACCACUAUGGUCAAUUAGAAUCCUAUAAAAAUAAACCAGGAGACAAACAAAGGGUAAUAAUGUACAAAUAAGUAUUCAAAUGUGAAUAAUUGUACACACUCACAUAUUUCUAAGCCACUUAUUGGAAGCUGGCUCAGACUAAGAACGUUGAAUGGAUAAAUGGUAGUGAUUGCUGGAUACAAAUGCUGUCAGGUUACUUGUUCCUUCCUUUAAACACCCAGGAUGCAGGGUCUUUAAGAAAGGUUUAUUUAACACAAAGUAAAAUCAGCAACAAAGUUAAAAACCAGCGAUAACACUGUCCAUACACUGACGCGUUUCAGCCGAAGCCUUUUUCAAAGUGUGUAUCCAUUGUCUGUUUCCGUGUUAAAUAGGUCCCAUUUUCGUGCCUUUUCGAUGUUCGAUCCUUGACUCCUCCCCUUUUCUCUCUCGACGUCCAGAUGCAACCAUCACAGGGCAUCCUUACGUUAAUUCUAUUGCAUUCACUUCCGCAUUCGUCAUUCAUGACGUGGAGGGGAUUCCUUGCAUUGUACCAAACAGUCUAUAUUAUGUAAAGUUAUAUGAACGUCCACAUAUAAUAUAUGGCAUAAUGGCAUUUGCAUAAAAUAUGGAUUAAAGUAUAUACAAUAUUACAUUCACUUAGAUACUUUAAAUAUAUCACAACAAUAAAAUCUGUGAAAAUAUAAAAAAAAAUUAAUGAGAAAAUAUUGAAUCCAUACAAUAGACUAGGAAAAAUGGUGACCAAUACCAUUUGUUUUAAUGGCCAUGUCUAAACUUCUGCUCAAUUGUGAAAGUAGAUCACCUUAUAGGUUUUAGAAGCGUGAAAACAGAAACCGGUCUCAUGAUUGCAGUUAUGCACGCAAGAAAAGCAUUAUAUCUAAGAAAAAAAUUGUUUUCCCUCACCUCUAAUGAUACCAACUGUGAUGGCAAACAACUUUGAAAGUUCCCAAACGCCCACUUUUUAUUUAAUAAAUGAUUCUUUGCAUAAAACAUGUGGGGUAGAAAUGUAUAAAAUGUCUUUCAAACAUUAAAGUCCCCAAACACUGUACUCUAUUCACGCAAUACAUUGUUUCACACAGAAACUACUGGUUUUAAUUUGCACAAUUAUUCUGUCAAUAUGAUUGAUCCACCUGCUCUAACAUUAAAAUAUCCAGAAAACCCGCACUGUCAUGGAGUCCUUUUGAGAAUAUACAUAGUACAAACCUCUACAAAGGUCAGAAGAAUAAGUUGGGAGAUAUACAGGAAGUAUAAGAAGGUUUCUUGCUGGGAGUAGCUGUAAAACAGAUGCUGUAGACAGUAAUGUUUCAUACCAGUUGUCAAUUUGCAGAAAGAAUAGUAAAUGCUAAUACUACUAAAGUCCUAAGUGUCAUUUAAUAGAAACCAGAUUUAAAGUAACACUAUAGCGUUAGGAAUACAAACAUUAAUUCUCAACGCUAUAAUGUUUUCCUUUUCAUUUAGUUUAGAACUCCCCUUCAAUCUGAAUAAAACAUCUUAAGACAUUUACUCACUUUUGUUUUUCUAGCACGGCAGUUCAGCCUUUGUAGGUCAAUCAACCUGUGACAUCAUGCAGACGCUUCUAUGUUGCCCAUUCCAUUGCUCCUCAUAAAGGAGCCUUGGGAACAAAAAGCGCAUGUAUGGCCAGCGCUGUGCUCCUCCAAUGAAAUGGAGGUUAGCUGUGAGAAGAGAGUUUGACUUGGUUCUCACAGUGGAAGAACCUCUAGUGUGUGUUGGUAAGACAGCAACUAGAGAUAUAUUUAACCCUGCAAUUUAAGCAUUGCUGUAUCUGUGAAAUGACAAUGUUUUACAUUGCAGGGUUAAAAUUAAAUUAACACUUCAUCGAGAUGCAGUGUUCUGGAUGCCUUUAGUAUUUUCAGUUAGUAUUGGUUACCACUUGUAGUCUAGUCAUUAAUGUGUAAACUAUAGUUGUAAGCUAUUGUUCCUUUAAGAACCUGGAAGGCUUUAAGCAGAUUGGUAGUGGUAAAAAAUACUUUGCACUAAGAUAUAUAUGAAAUAUAGACAAUCUUUGUGUCACAUUUCCUUUUUUUAUAAAUUAGCAGUAACUCGUCUAAAACCUAAUCUUUAAAGAGACACGGUCGUCGCACUAUAACUGUUAAAGUGCAGUGGUUGUUGCCUAGAGUGUCCUGAGUUCAUCCCUUGCUUUAAUGUUAAAUUUCCCUGCACCUGGUGAUUUUGCUAUCUUGGUCACAUUUAAUAUUGCAGAAUUAACACUACUGCAUUAUCAAGGUCAAUUGUGUCCAUCCUAGGUGGCUGUGGUUAGCCCAGCAAUCUAAGCCAAUCCGUGUUGCUAAACCCAUAAAGUAUAUGUCCUCUGAAAUAAUUUAAAAGUAAAAUAUAUAAAUCUUCCACUUUUGAUGUUGUAUCUUUUUGAAUUUCUAUCCAUUCAGAUUCUGCUGUAAACUUGUAGCAUUAUUACAUUUGAAAAUAACACAAGCACACCACCUCCACUACAUGUAAAUGAAUGUCUGCAGAUAAAAUGGCCUAUUUUGUUAACUAAAGAGUCAAAGAUUUAGAAAAAAAAGACUAAUUGUAUCCUGCAUUGAUAUUGGCAUUCUUCAAAGUACACUUCAAGCGCCUAUGUUGCAAUGGUGCAUCAUCAUAACGCUCUUUCGUUGUUUACCUCUUUCUAAAGUGAACAACAGUCUACGUACAAAUGUGUUUUCAAGUAACUACUGUGCAGGAAUUUCAACUAAAAGCCUAUAAAGAUGUAUGGUAACAGAACGAAGGGGACUUUUCUAUUUACCUACAUUUACAAGCUUGCAGGUUGCCUAAUUGUGCUAGGCCUCUGUUUAAAUAAUUUGGAUCAGCAUUUAAAAAAACAAUAAUAAUAAAAAAAAAUUCAAAUGAUUUGCCUACAAAAUCCCCCAUGGGCUGUAAUGGUGACUUCUGUAGAUUAAUCAUUAGAAAAGUUUGUGAGCACCUCUUAUGCUGAUCCAAACUAAUUAAAUUGAGGCUUUUGUUUUUGUUAUGGCAAAUGAAUGGAGAAGCAUCAUCCACUCUCUUACAUAUAAACACAUACGCCCCUCCCUUGUAUUAGAACUUUGUUAAUGUUAAACUUCCCUAGCAAGUACAUGAAAAUAUACUUUAUUAUUAAAAUAACAGCCCUUACAGUUACUUAGAAACAUUUGAUGUUAGGCUGUUUCAUAGGUUAGAACAGUUAGAGACAAAAAUUCCAAAAAUAUACUAGAGUUGAAUUAGAUAUAAACAUGGAAAUAAAGAAAUAAAUAAAUUGAAAACUGAAAGAAAAAUCUUAAUAUAAAUUUAUAUAAAAUAUAAAUUUAAGAAUCAAGUUGGAGUGCGCUCUACUAAUUCCCUAUGAAAAAAUUUCUGUCAUCAGGAGAAGCUUGAAGGCUCCUUGUGCAAGACAUAAUGGCAUAUAUCAUGGUGCAUUAUGUCUGAGUACACUAAAUUAAUUUGUUUUAGCCUCAGAUUGUACUUACAAACACAAAAAUAGUGAAUAUAGUUAAAUUGACCCAUUAAAAGGCUUGCCUAACCAAACUAAGUGCCUGUAGUGUUCUAUUUUCUACUUUGAAUGUAUCUAUUGAGCAGUAAUGUUUAUUGUGCUCACUUUGUGACUUACUAUGGAGCAUACAUGGAAAUACAUUAUUUUCACUUGUGGUAGUUGGUAUUAACUUAGUAACUCUCUCCCACAGACUCUGCUAUACCUACAGCAGAAUGCCAAGGACAAAGCAGAGCAGCUUGCCUCCUCCAGCAUGGCUGGUAGCAGCCUCCCUAUCCCCCCCAGCACAUCAAAGAUUUCCAUGCAGGAAUUGGAGGAACUGCGGAAACAGCUGGGAAGCGUAACCACUUCAGUGACCAGUGGACCACAGGUAGAGCUCCACAGAGAAAAACUACUACUGUGUAAUGUGGAUGUCAAAGAUCAUUGGCUUAAAGUUUGAUGUUGCAAGCAGACUGUAUUUCAUAUCUAGAGUGUAUUAAUUGUUAAGACGUGUGAUGGUUUUUAGUGGAGUGAAUUCAUCUGAAAGAAAAAAAUAUAUAUAUCAACCUGUUCUCACGUAUAUUUAGUGUUCGUUUUUAUUUUGUGCAUCCCAAGAUGUUUUUUAUUUUUAUAAACGCUGACAUUCUUGCUAUACAAGAUUGACAAGAUUGCCUUUACGACCAACAACAUAAGCUCUAUCAUGGUUGUCCACUGGGUAAAUUAGAAUAUUCUAUAGAUUAAUGCUACUGUAAUAUUAAAAGAAUGUUGAGUGUGCACAUUAGACUUACUGAUGAAACUUUGCACGUUUGACCCCAUAACACAUGAUUGACACAGUGUGUUUUUUUUGUAUGCAUUUUGACUGUUGAUUAUAGCAGUUUCUUGAACUGUUAUCAGAUUAUUAGUCUGUUAUUUGGAUUAUUCAGAUAACAGUUGCACACUACACAGAUCUCUCUUGAAUUUAAUUUCAUUCUGUAAGAGACUAGGGCAGGAAGGAAAGAGAGCGAUAAAGACUUCUUUGCUCCUCCAUACACAAAAAGAUGUACAACUGAGAGACAGAUUGCUCAUUGGCUUCUUCUAUUAAAUAUGUAUGUUUGAUACCUCUACCACUAACUGUCUUGUGCUAAUUUUUGCUGAUAUUUUCAACAUCUCACACCAGCCUGUUGAGGUUUUGCGGAAGGUGCUUAGAGAAAAAUUGAACAAGAAAAAUGCUGGGCAGCCAGUUCCAGUGUUCCCAGCCUGGGUGUAUGAGAGACCAGCACUUAUUGGGGAUUUUUUACCUCUCUCCAACCCAGGCACUGACAUUACAGUUCCCAUAGGUAUGUGAAAUAAACUACAAAAAGCAGAAGUAAAAGGAAUGUAUGGCAUUGUGAGAUUUGUCUUAUUUUUUUUAUUUUUUAUUAUUUUUUUAAAGCAGAAUUGUUUGUAGUAAAUAUGCAAUAAAUCUAUGUUUCUUUUUCUGUCCCUGCAAGUUCUUAUUUGUAAAUCCUGCAGGGUUGUUUAACUCCAUACGUUUGCAGAAAACCAAAUAUAAACUUAAUAAACUUCACUAUCUCUUAAACAAAAUACCAGAAUUGAGAAUCUGGAUCUCCAGGAACCCAGAGGCUCUUUUUAGACUACAUGUUCGUCUCAUACUAGGAACUUUUUGAAGAUCUAAGAAACAGGUAUCAUGGUGUAAUACCCCAACACGCAGAAUUUAGGAUAGCAAGGGACAAGACUAGGAAAUAACGUAUUACCAGGCCUUAGAAUGAGAGACGAGGUCAAGGUAACGGAGAGACAGCAAAAAAAAGAACUAGCCAGAGUCAGGGACAUGGUAAUCAGUCAGGCGGGCAAACAAGACCGGAAAGGGUUAAAGAUAAAUACAGAGUCAGAUACAAAGCCAAGGUCAAUAUCAGAAUAAACAGAAGAGAUCAAGGAACGCACUAAAGGGUACUGAAACAGAAACCACAAUAGGGCAAAGUGGAGAGGGCUAGAGAAGUUUAAAUAUCCUUAACUGACAUUUGAUUGGCCCACGUCAUUCCCACGCCUCCAAAAUGUUUGUUUUUGGGGGCGUCUAAAUGACGUGGGCCAAUUGGAGCCUGAAUCUACCUUUGGCAACCACUACCCCUUUAAGAGCCCCUUUACAAGUCGAUUUACCUUUAUUUUUAGACAUAAUUGGUUAGCCUGGCUAGUUGCCACAUCCUUUUUGUGACAGCAUUAUAAGACAGACUGGGUGGGCAUACGUUUUAAAGCCUUCAUUUACUUUUAUAAUUUUUUUAGACCAUGACCUUGAAGUUGAUUCAUUCUCAGUUCAGUGAAGGCUUCUCUGUGCCAUUGUCUCUCUGUUAGCUUCCCAAGCAUUCUGCACAGCAAUAGUGGAUAACAUUGUUUCAGUACUUUUUGUUACAGUAUUCUACAAGCUUAUCUGUGUUUAGUUUUAUAGGCUAGCUUCAUUUUCUUGGAUAUAGCUAUCCACCCUCUCCUCCCAACCUGGUUGUUGAUGAGGCUGAUACAACACAGGUUUCCACCUUAUAGCUUCCUUCCAAUUAUAGUCUAGUAGCCUCCUGCAUUCUGCUACCCUUUCUACCAAAUUAGGAUUGCUAAACUCAUUAGCUCCCUUUAGGGGAUUAUAUGUUGUGUGUUACUUUUGUUCUUUGUUCUAUAUACUCUAAUACAUUUUGUUUUUACAAUUUUCUUGCAUACCUUAGGGACUUUACUGUGUCUUCUGGACUUUAUGUCCACUGGCCACGCCAGUGUACAUUUUUAUCAAGGGGUUAAGCAGAAAGCCAGGGGCAGCAAUUGUAGUAUAACCACUACAAUAAACUAUGGUUAUUGUGCUUAGACGGUCCCUUUAAACACACAUUUUUAAAAAUAUAUUAAACGCACAUGCAGAAUAAAGUUUCAGUGUUCUAGUUUGUCAUAUUUUUACAUUUAACAAACACACAUACCUUCAUAUAGGAACUGCUAUAGCAAAUGGUUGGCAUUUUAAUAAUGUAGUUUAAGCUGAUUUGUUUGUGCAUGUCAGUUAGAUAGCCCCAUACACAUGCACCUCUUCCUUCCUUUUUUUUUUUUUUUAAAUGUGUGAGCAUAUCAAUGACAGCAACAGUAGACAUUGUGUGCACAUAUGAAAUUAUUUAAAGGACCACUCUAGGCACCCAGACAACUUCAGCUUAAUGAAGGGGUCUGGGUGCCAGGUCCAGCUAGGGUUAACCCAUUUUUUUUUUAUAAACAUAGCAGUUUCAGAGAAAUUGCUAUGUUUGUAAAUGGGUUAAUCCAGCCCAUCAAAUCCUCUAGUGGCUGUCUCAUUGACAGCCGCUAGAGGCGUUUGCGUGUUUCUCACUGUGAAAAUCACAGUGAGAACACGCAAGCGUCCAUAGGAAAGCAUUAUGAAUGCUUUCCUAUGAGACCAGCUGAAUGUGCGUGCAGCUCUUGCCGCGCGUGCGCAUUCAGCGGAAGGGGAGGAGAGGAGGAGGAGAGCUCCCCGCCCGGCGCUGGGAAAAAAGGUAAGUUUUACCCCUUUCCUCUCCCCAGAGCCGGGCGGGAGGGGGAUCCUGAGGGAGGGGGCACCCUCAGGGCACUAUAGUGCCAGGAAAACGAGUAUGUUUUCCUGGCACUAUAGUGGUCCUUUUAAGUUUUACAAUAAAUUCAUAAAUGAACAUGCAAAAGUGCGUCAUAAGUGGCCCACAUUAGUCUGUGCAUACAUACGGGCAGUAACAUGUAUAUAUUUUCGCGUUUGAUCCUGGUAACAUACUUCAGUUCCAUAUAAUAAAAAAUAACAACUAUAAAAAUGAAUAUAAUGCCGGAAGACAAUAAGCACCCUCACAACACAUGCUCCUCCUUUUUCAAGAAGCUAUUAAUCUACCUGUAAUACUGUAGCAUCACUGUGUGCAGAUAUGGCAAACUGAAGCAUAUUUCUGUGUUACAGGGUCUCUUCCUUUACCUUCUCAAGAAGCCACCAUUGUGGAGGACCUGCUGUAUGUACUUAUUGGAGUAGAUGGACGUUAUAUAUCCGCCCAGCCCCUUGUUGGAAGGCAGAACCGCUCAUUCUUGGUAGAUCCAAACCUAGAUAUGUCCGUGAAGGAGCUGGUGAACAGAAUCCUGCCAGUGGCUGGCAGUUAUUCCAUGGUCACAAGGUGCAAAAACAUAAGUAAACACAAAUUAUUGUAGUUAAAGGGGAACUGUCACUUGUCUGCAAAUUACACACAUGAAUAAACCAUGAAAGUUGCCAAUGGCUUUUGUUCAUAUUUAUUUGGUGCUUCUUUUAAGAUUUAGCAGCUGACCUCUCAAUCCACUGAGGUUUAGGGACAGACCGGGCACACAAAGCAAAUGGGGAGGAGGAAAGGAGCCAUUGUUUCUAACAAUGCUUGCCAGGGACAUAAGAUGUAAAUUCAGCAUUGUAGAUUUCUAAAUUCUAUUUUUCACAUGUCACAAACACAUUUGUUAAAGAUAGGGGGUAAAUAAAUAUCAUAUUAAGCAUCCAAGGAAGCAAGUUUUUUGUUUUGUUUUGUUUUUAAAGCAUUGUUUUGAAAUCAGGCCUUUAUUGAGCCAUGAUAUCAAUGCAAUAGAGUAAGCCAGCCUGGACAGUAUUUGUUAGUAUUACACUACAAAAAAAUGGAUAGUUAAAGGGACACCGUAGGCACUGUUUCUGCUUCAUCUCAUUAAGAUGGUUAUAGUGUAUGGUGCCAUAAUUUCUUUCAGCAUUAAACAGUUUUUAUGUUGUAAUGUUUUAAUGCUAAACAAGAGACCACGGCAGUCCAUCCCAUCUGUGCUGCUUUGGCUAAUAAGGAAGUAUUACCCUGAGCAGCAAUGUGCAGCUGUGAUUUGCUGAGAGUGUCAGCUGACUGCUUUUAACCUGUCAGAGUUCCAACUGACGGUAUGAAUUGGUAUGACAACAAAGAAGUGUGUAAUCUCUGCCUUAGCUACACAUACAGAAGGGGCUGGACUGUGGGUGGCCAGGGACUCUUAUUUUGUGGCAUACUGCACAAACAUGGUGCAACACUGAAUGGAGGGACUGUGCCAGGGCACUCCAGGCACUAUAACCAAUUCAAAAAAAUGAAAUGCUUAUAGUGACUACAGUUUCCCUUUAGGUAUAGCUGGUUACUCCUAUCCAUUACCUUCACCUUCCCUCCCACACUGUUAUACUACCCUUAGAUGCAGUUCCUAUUAGUUGUGCUAUUACCUCUCUCUACAUGAUGGCUAGAUGACUGGAUACAUGCAUUUUAAUUAAAGUGCUAUUUCUGUUUCAGUAAACAUUGCAAACAGUCCUUCAUAGUCAGAACAUUGUGUAGAAAUUAAAUAGUUGGUUAAACUAAAUCUGUCAAUUUUCUUUUGUACUGGUUUGUACGUGCCAUGGAAAAAAUAACUUUGUGAUCAAUAAAAUAAUACAUUUGUGGUGGCCAAAUUGCUACCAAAUGUAUAGAUUAGGCUUUUUUAAAGUUGACAUUUGGAGAGAGAGAGAGAGAGAGUGUGUGUGUGUGUGUGUGUGUAUGUAUAUGUAUGUAUAUAUAUAUAUAUAUAUAUAUAUAUAUAUAUGUAUGUAUAUUGCUCCAAAUGUCAAAAUAUCAACUUUAAAAAAGCCUAAUCUAUACAUUUGGUAUGUAUGUAUUUACACAUACAUGGCCACUCCGUAUUCACUAUGAGACCAAAUGACCGGUUCACCAGUAUUUCCCAAAUAAUGAUGUACCUACAAGUCAUGUUUUGAUUAAUGUGUGUCCUUUAUUAACAGUUACCUUGGUCCUUCAUUAUCCUUAACAGAUUCAUAGAGGAAAAGUCUUCCUUUGAAUACGGCCAAGUGAACCAUGCCCUGGCUGCUGCUAUGAGGACAUUGGUGAAGGAAUAUAUGAUCCUUAUUACCCAGCUUGAACACCUCCAGCGCCAAGGGCUGUUAUCCUUGCAGAAACUCUGGUUUUACAUUCAGCCCACGCUCCGGACUAUGGAGGUUCUAGCAUCUCUUGGUGAGUUAACAUUGACGUGAAAUAAAGGAAAUGCUUGCCUGCACAAUGUUCAGUGAACUAUAUAAAGAUUGCCAUGCUCUAUAUCAGGAGUAGGCAACCUUUGGCACUCCAGAUAUUAUGGACUAAAUUUCCCCUGAUGCUUUGCCAGUUUAUGACUGUAAGAGCUUUAUGGAAGAUUUAAUCCACAACAUCUGGAUUGCCAAAGGUUUCCUAACCCUGCCUAUAUGAUCCCUUCAAGGGAAACUUCUAAGCUUCAGAAGAGUCAUCUCCGGCUCUUGAUUAUAGAAAAGAGGCAAUUCAUUGUUUCCCAAGGACUGACAAUAUUCCACCACCAGGACAAAUGGGCAAAGAUAUUUUGUAUUUGUAAUUAGUUUGUGUUCUUACUAUUCAGGUUGUCCCUGGCAAUCAUAACCUGCCCCCUCUCCAGCUCCAUUGAUAACUGUUAUCCUCAUUGUCCAUAUCAGCUCUGUCUAACUUGGAUAGCUCUGAUUGGCUGUGAGAGUUCUUUAACCCAUUGUUGUCCAAGCUGGAAGAAUUAAAUAAGGUUAAUGCAGAAGUGUAAAUACCACAUUAUCAGUCUGGAUGCAGUUAGGGGAAGACUACAGGUGCCACAGAAGACCCUGUUUUUUUUUGUUUUGUUUUUUUUCAAACCUCCUAAUGGCAUGACAAUAAAAGUGUUAUGGAGCCACUAGUCAUUCGUCACCAUAACCACUACACUGAACAAUAAAUAUGUUUCUCAGAGCAUCCUUUUAACUCCAUUUCUUCGUUUACCUUCAUUAAUCUCGUGGCAUUUUUUGAUGUUUUUAUUUCCGAUGAUGUGUUUCAUUUUGUGCAAUGUGUAUGAUUUGUGUGUACAACUAAUACGUCCAUUUAUCAGUUAAAGAAUCAGCAUAGUAUAGGAUUAAAAAAGUUUUACGAAAAAAACAAUACAAAUAUAAUUCCCUCCUUUUUGUUCCAAAUCACAAUGCUCCUGUUUGCUUGUCCUCAGCCAUUUCAUUGGAUAAAGGAGAAUGCCUAGGUGGAGCUACACUCAGCCUGCUGCAUGACAGAACGUUUGGCUACACUGGGGACAGUCAGGCCCAGGAGUUGUGCCUCUACUUGACAAAAGCAGCAAGUGCUCCGUACUUCGAGAUCCUGGAGCGUUGGAUCUACAGAGGAAUUAUCAAUGAUCCCUACAGGUAUAAUGUUCACAGAAGAACAAGGGGAAAAAUACGCAAUGUGUAAUGACAAUAAAUUAUUAUUAUUUGUUUCUAGAAAGUACACACAAACAUGUGGCUCUAUAAACAUCUAUACUUUCAAAAGAAGUUAUAACUGAUAAAUCACUGGUAAUAUCAGUUCUGAAGCUUGCAUUUCAUAGAUAAUUUGGGAGAUCAUUCAAAGAGUAAACUAAGUGGGGUGUUGCUUAGGUUAAACAAUGAAGCAUAGUAAGAUAGACAUCAAAAUCACAAUAUGGAACAAACCUUAACAUAUCAAGGGAUUUCAUAAAAUGUAAGAUCAAAUGCUACAGAGAUCAUACUUUUGAGCAGGGGCUCUCAACCCAGUCCUCAAGGACCCCCUACCAGUCCAGGAUUUAGGGAUUACCUAGGUGUGUCUAAGGUGUUUAGAAAAAAACAACACUUUAGGUAAUCCCUAAAUCCUGGACUGGUAGGGGGUCCUUGAGGACUGGGUUGAGAACCCCUGCUUUUGAGGAUGUAAAAAAAAGGGGGGGGGGGAUUUUGUGAAAGUACAGUAGGAAUAUAGAGUGGAAAUAGUCUUCUAGCAUAACUGUUACCAUCAAAUAUGGUAAAAGCUAAAGGGCAAAAUAAGCAUUAUGUAAAGUUUAGACUAUACGAACAUUGCUGAUGUGCCUGACUGCUAUCUAGGGCAUGUGGCUGUGCCUUUAAAUACAACAACCAAUAUGAAACUACAUUUCACCACAUCUUUAAUUUUUCACAGCAUUGCAAGGUCUUGCUGAGCUUCAAUACUCAUCUGUCCCGAGAUGGCCAAUCUGGCUCAUCACGCAGAUUAUAUAAAUUUAAUGUAUUGGGUUACAGAAAGUUGAAUCUGAUAUUCCUACUUCGCUGGCCCAUGUUUCUGGCGUGAUUUUUUUUCUACUUAUAGAGCCCUCCAGAGUACAUGUGACUAAUUGUUAAUGCAUUGUACAGUUAAAACAUUAAAACACCAAAACAGCCCAAUAUCUCUAAUUUCCUGCAAAUGGGUAUCUGCUGCUUGGGAAUGCCAUUCCCAGUACAGGGAGAAAUAAAGCAAUAAGCAAAUGUUUGCUCAAGUAACUGGAAACAGGGUUCAGAAGCCAUGCAUCAGAAUCAUGCGAAUAAAUUAUUUGAAUUUUUUUUUUCUUCAAGUUUCACUUUUAUUUAUUCUGUACCGUAAGUGAUCCUUAAUAAAAUGUAUUUUGUUUCGUUAUCGUAUAAGUCGCCCUGUUACCAGUGGAUAUUGUAGUUCAUCAUUAGGUAUACAUAUAUAUUUAUAUGCAGUGCUUCCCACACUAUAUGCUUUCGGUACUUUUUUGAUAUUUCUCUCUACUUCUCUCUCAGUGAGUUCAUGGUGGAGGAGCAUGAACUGAAAAAAGAAAAAAUCCAAGAGGAUUAUAAUGACAAAUAUUGGGACAAGCGUUACACCAUUGUGCAACAGCAGAUCCCAUCCUUUUUACAAAAGGUGGCAGACAAGAUUCUCAGCACAGGUAAAACAAAUUGUCAGAGUCUCUACAACACAAUUAUAAGGUGCAUAUUUAUACUUAUUCCUCGUCAUUCACAAGGUUAUUAUUAUUAUUAUUCAAUUCUUAACACUAUAUUAAAUUGCAAGGAUAUGCAAUGCUUCCAUGAAUUACAUGGUCUAUAAGGACCAUGACAAGGCAUAGCAUGUCUUGCCCUCAACAACAGCUGGUGGCUUUUCAUUUCAGUUCCUUCAGAGAACCAGAUACCAGUCAAUAAACACACCAAUACAUUAAUAUUUUUAUAUUGAAAAAAAUGUCUCCUUACAGGAAGUGUUUAGGAAGUCUGUGCAAAUCACGUGCAGGGAGUUGUGACCAGGGCUCUAUAAACAAAGUGAUGUAACUCCUAAAUGGCAGAUAAUUAAGCAGUGAGACUGCAGAGGCAUGGUCUAUACCCUAAAAUUACUUCAUUAAACUUAAGUUGUUUUGGUGACUAUAGUGUCCCUUUAAUAAUGAGGGAAUUUGUAGAAAUUAAUUAACAUAAAUCUACAAAUGCAUGUAAUCAAUUCCCUAGGGACAUUGAAACCGGAAAAUGGAAAAUGUGUUUGUAGACUAUUACAAUUUGUUACAGUGUUAUUCUUAUAAUCUUAUUGCUGAAUUCAAAUGCCUAGGUAAAUAUCUAAAUGUGGUUCGAGAGUGCGGCCAUGAUGUUACCUGCCCAGAUGCGAGAGAGAUUAUCUACACCUUGAAGGAGAGGGCAUAUGUGGAGCAGAUUGAGAAAGUGUACAGCUAUGCCAGCAAAGUUCUUCUAGACUUCUUAAUGGAAGAGAAGGAACUGGUAGCACGUCUCCGGUAUGAUGCUGCAAAUCAUGAUGCAAAUUAGUAACUAUUAAUGAUAAUGUUUUCACUAUAGUGAUCACAACAGUUAUGUAGUUCCAAUGCUAGCACGUGAACUGUAAAACUUACAAUUUUAUUUAACAUCUUGUUCAUGUAAAUAUUAUUUGUGUACAGCCAUAAAAUAGAAAAUAUGUUGUUCAGCCAUGACAGUAAAACCACUGACAGGUGAAGUGAAUAAACUGAUUUUAUAUCAUAGGAUUGGCACCUGACAUGGGGUGGGAUAUAUUAGGCAGCAAGUCAGCAGUCCGUUUUUCAAUUUAAUUCAAUUUAAUUUGUUGGUAGCAGGAAAAAUGGGCAAGCAAAAGAUCUGAGUGACUUUGACAAGGGCUAAAUAGUGAUGGCUAGACAACUGGGUCAGAGCAUCUCCAGAAUAACAAGUCAUGUAGGGUGUUCCCAGUAUGCAGUGGUAAUAAUCAAAAGUGAUACAAGUAAGGACAACCGGUGAACAGGCUUCAAGGUCAUAGAUGCCUAAGGCUCAUUGAUACACAUGGGGAACAAAAGCAAGCCGCUCUGGACCUACAACACAAAAAUGCUAUUGUAGCUCAAAUUAAUGCUGGCCAUGAUAGAAAGGUGUCCGCACACACAGUGUAUCAUAGUUUGCUGCAUAUAAGGCUACAUGGUUGCAGACCAGUCAGUGCCAAUGAUGACCCCUGUCCACCAGCGAAAGCACCUACAAUGGGGACGAUAGCGUCCGAACUGGAUCAUGGAGAAGGGUGCCUGGUAUCAUGAAUCACAUUUUCUUCUAGAUCAGGCGGAUGGCUGAGUACGUGUGCGUCGUUUACCUGGGGAAGAGAUAGCAACAGGAUGCACUAUGGGAAGAAGGCAGGGCAGCAGAGGAACUGUUAUGCUCUGGGCAAUGUUCUGAUGGUAAACCUUGAGUCCUAUCAUUCAUAUGAAUGUUACUUUGACUUUUACCACCUAUCUAAAUAUUGUUGCAGACAACGUGCACCCCUUCAUGGCCUGCAACAAUAUUUAGACAAUGAUGUUCCCUGGUGGCAAUGCCCAGUUUCACAAGGAUAAUCCACCCAGCCACACUGCAAAACAUGUUCAAAAAUGGUUUGAGGAACAUGACAAAUAAUUUUAAAUGUUGCCUUUGGCUCCAAAUUCCCCAGAUUUCAAUCCAAUAGAGCAUCUGUGAGAUGUGGUGGAACAACAAAUCUGAUCCAUGGAGGCCCUGCCUCGCAACUUGCGGGGCUUAAAGGAUCUGCUGUUAAUCUCUUGGUGCCAGAUACCACAGGACACAUUCAGAGGUCUUGUGGAAUCCAUGCCUCGAAGCAUCAGAGCUGUUUUGGCAGCACGAGGGGGACCUCCAUGAUAUUAGGACAGUGGUUUUAAUGUUGCUGCUCAUUGCUAUAUUAAUCUUGCUCAAAAGCAAGGGAACCAAGAUCAAAACAAAGAGCAAAUAUUCCUCAUCGGGAUUUUUAAGGAUUCUUUCUUGAAAAGCAAUCUCUUCUACAUUCUUCUGUUCUUUAAAUGACAUACAGUGUAAAAUAACAUAUUUAUUUUUGGCAGGUCUAUAAAACAUUACUUCCUCAUGGAUCAGGGAGAUUUCUUUGUGCACUUCAUGGACUUGACGGAAGAGGAACUAAAGAAGAGUGUUGAUGAUAUUAUCCCAACCCGAUUAGAGGCUCUUCUGGAACUAGCCCUGAGGAUGAGCACAGCCAACACUGACCCCUUCAAAGAUGAUCUAAAGGUAUAUGUAAAUAUUGUUUCCUUUCAGUUUGUUUGGAUCUUUCUAACCCAUUCUUUAAAAGCUAUAUCCUUAAAUUCCCCUGAUGUUCAGACUUAUGAUGUAAAUGCACUAGUUAUCCUCCCAGCAGGCUUUAUCUGCAAAAUUUGAAAUUUCAAAUCAUUCUAAAACUAGCUUAAUGACAAUAUAGAGAUCAUGAACUCAGACGUACUUGUGUUUCAUGAUGUCUAUGAUUAACUGAACCAUCACCUUUUUUUGUGUGUUUUUUCUCUUCUGAACUUAGUAGUCUGUGCAUGUCUAAAAUAAGAUUUGAUGCCAUCCUUGAUAAUAUUGGGCUCCUCUAACACUCUCUUUUGUCUUAUUGGUAAUAUGCCAGUUUUGUGAAGUAGCCUUAUUGCUGUUCUUCGAUUUCUUUCCAGAUUGAGCUAAUGCCACAUGACCUUAUAACCCAGCUCCUCCGUGUGCUCGCUAUUGAGACUCGCCAGGAGAAAGCCCUGAUUAAUGCCGAUCCAACUGAGCUUUCAUUGAGUGGCCUUGAGGCAUUCUCCUUUGAUUAUAUUGUCAAGUGGCCCCUUUCACUGAUCAUAAACAGGUAUGGAUCUCUAUAGUGGGGAAAGCACCAAGCCACAAAAUGUUUUGUAGAGUGUUUUUGCAAAUUUCAACAUUAAAUAUCUGAUUAUAAUUAGCGUUGAUAUCUCACUGACAUUUUCCACAGCACUUUACAAGUAUACCCAGUUUUACUGAACAGAUGUUUAUAGUGACAGGUGUUUACAGUUAUGGGUAUACUUCUGUUCAAGUAUUACGGUAUAAUGACAUCGGCUAGCGUAGUGCAGGUUAAGGGUACUUGGACUAGGGAGUGUUUUGGCUUAUGAGGAAUUGUCUUCCAAAAUGCUGUGCACUAUACUCCUAUUGCUUUCUUUGCUUCAAUUUUGUCUCCCACUUCAAUACUACCACAUGAUGAUUUUUUGCUUUUUCCCACUCAAGUGAUGAAUAGUCCCCUAAGAGGGAAAUGUUUACCAAGCUUCUCUGAGUCCAUAAAAGAUGUAGUACCUGACAGUAAAAUGGAGACCCAACUAUAAGUGAUGUUUUUUUUUUUUGCUAUGAAAAGUAUGAUUGUUGUCCGUAUCUUUAAAACUGGAGCGGUAGUCAUGAAAACCAAUGUUUUUGUUAACUCACAAUAGGCCCUUAUAUUGUAUAUAAUUUAUUUGCUACAUAAACAUUACAUAAUAGUAACUUGGUCAAUGGCGGCCAAAUAAAUGUGUACAUACUCCUCGAUACGUGUCAGUAUGGCUGCAUGGCAAACAAAAUAAAAAAAGAUGAUUUUCAUGUUUUAAUGCAGCGACAUGAACCUUUAAAUUUUACUCUCCCUUAUUUAUCCUGCAGAAAGGCCCUGACUCGCUACCAAAUGCUUUUCCGCCACAUGUUCUACUGCAAACAUGUGGAGAGGCUUCUGUGCAAUGUGUGGAUCAGCAAUAAGGCUGCAAAACAAUUUUCCCUGCAUUCUGCGAAAUGGUAAAUACUUCUUAAAGUAAAGGGAUUGCAUGUCCUCACAGAUCUGAAAGAGUGCAAAUGUCCCAAAUGGUGAUGGCAUAUAUUGAAUUCUGAGUAAACCCUUUACUGAAGGGUAGAUAACUUUUAUCUGUUUUAUUAGAUAUUGACUGGAGCUGCAGACCCGUUGCUCCAAAUAGUAUUGCAUUGAUUAAUAAAGAUGAAGGGAUGGAUUUAAAAAAAAAAAAAUUCUUCUUCUUCUUCACUUUUUUAAGCACAUCAGGAAAUCACUUUUUUUUCUCCUUUCCCUUUUGGUUAAAUGACAGCAACAUUGAUGAUUAGGGAUGAAGAAGCCAGCAUACAAUUGUAGAUUCCAGGGACCCGCCUUCAGGCUGAAUGUCAGACUAACAAAAUAAUAAUAAAGAGUCCACAAAGCUCAGGCUCUUUGACUUAAUGGACACUGCAGCUUUUUAAUGAAUACUGGUCUUGGCCAAGCCUUGACAAAGGCUAGCUUUGGUCAAAACAUCAUGUGGUCCACUUGUUGUGGAAUAAGAAUUAAUUCACAGAAGUUUUGCAGACUCUAACACGUUACUUAUGUUUUUCUGAUAUUGAAACACUGAUGUCUGAUUUAUUGAGAGCCUUAUCGGAAGCUCUCUGCCAAUCAGUGGCUAUCCAUCUUAACCUUCAUAAUAUUGAGAUGGCAGCUGUGCCAGGCUCUGAGCCUACACCUUCAGGGUUAAACGGAGCGUAAGUAAUUAUGGGGGUGGGAUUAGACCUUUAAAGGAACACUUUGGGCACCAUAAUAACUUAAUCAAAAGGAAAUUGUUAUGGUGCCCGGAGGUGCCUAGCGCUGGCUCACCUUUUAGGGAUUAAACCGUUCUCAAAUGGUUUAACCCCAAAAUCUGUUUUCCAGCAAUGGGCAUCUCUGCUCCUCUGUCCUUCUGUUUGCUAAACAUCUGGAAACCGGAAGGCUCUUGCAGCAUCGGACAGUGGUCAGCUGACACUCUUAGCUUAUGAAUUCCAGGAUGAUUAUGCGUAAAAAGAUUGCUAUAACACAUUAAACAAUGUAAAUAAUUACAAUAUCAAUGCAUUUUAUGCUCAUUUGGUUCCACCUCCACCUGUACUUGUUAAUCCUUUAUGUGCAAUGCAAUCAUUCGAAACCAGGACUUACUGUUUAUUGUGGACAAUAUCUCCCUCCUUCCUUCUCUUUACAUAUCCAGGUUUGCAGGAGCAUUUACUCUUCGCCAAAGAAUGUUGAAUUUUGUACAGAACAUUCAGUAUUACAUGAUGUUUGAGGUGAUGGAGCCAACAUGGCACAUAUUGGAAAAAAACCUGAAAUCUGUGAGUUAAACAUGAGCCAAACUCCAGCUCAUUUUAUGAUACCUAUACAUUUGUUACUCAGUCUUUACAAGCUCCACCAAGCUUUAACUCCAUACAUGACCAAUGAUUUUUUUCACAUUCUUUCACAGUGCCAGGUACAGCUAAUUAAAAUCCUAAAAUACCUUGAUUGGGGUACUUAACAAAUCACUCAGAAUAGGGUGGAAAAAACUUAGCAAAACCGUAACAAUAUGUAAACAUUACACUUAAAGUGUGGGUGUUUGAAUUUACAGAGGGAACCGUAAAAGGACCAUUUUAUACCCUAAAAGCACUUCAACUUGCUGAAGUACUUUAUGGGUGAGGGCUAGCCCAGCUUAGAAAAGUGCUGAUUUCUAUUAGAAAUCAGCACUUUUAUAAAUUGCUAGGGAACUCCCCCCUGGCUGUAAAUCAAACAGCCAGGGAGGAUUCCUUCCUACUUCCAUUAGCUCCCCUGAGCUAACGGAAGUGGCAGGAACUGCUUGCCUCCCCACUCACCAGCUCCUCUGCUCCAAACUUUCCAACGUAUCUGUGUGCGCGUGUGCACGAGCCAGUGCGUGCAAAUCUAGCUGUCUGUGCAUGUGCACAAACCGGCGUGCACGUGUGCCCCAAUUCAGAGGCUUCUCAAUGAGAAGCCUCUGGUUUGGUUAUUUUCCUGUGAAGAGACUGCAAGACUCUUCUAGGAAAAAGGGGGAGGGCUUGCUAAGGCUGCAGUUCAUUAGAUCUGCAGCCUUGCAAGCUCUUUUAGCAUAUACCCCCUAUGAAUACAUGCAUAAAAGUUCAUGCAUGUAUUCAUUGGGGUAUAUUUACUAAACAGUGAUUUAUUUUGUUCCCCCCAUGUGGGAGGUGGAGUGAUCCUUUAAGUAUGCCCUUUGUACCAAUUUUACAUUAAAAUAAGCAUUUGCACUUUCAUUGACAAUGAGAAUCUAACUGUGCAGACAUCUGGCUAAAAGUUUGUAUCACAUGCGCAAGCUUAUUGAACAAGUUUCUGCUAGUUUGGGAGCUAGCUGCCUAAUAUAGCCAACCCCUUGACAGGUGCCAUUGUAACAAUGUAAUCAAUGUUAAUUACUUCACCUGUAAGUGGUUUUAAUGUUGUGGUUGAUCAGUGUAGAUGGUAUUGAAAUCCAGAAGAGUUAAAAAGGUUACAGAAAGAGGCAGUGUAAAUGUAGAAUAAAAGAGAAACAAGAACAGAGACCUGGGGAACACCAACUGAGAAGAACAGUAGGGAGGUGGUGGCAUAUUCUCUAUAAGACACUAAAGGAGCAUUCACAAAUUUGGGGUAAAAACCAGGAAAGCAGAGUUUUACAAAGUCCAAGAUUGUGGAUGGCUUGAAGAAGAUGAGUGGUCAGGAAGAGAGAUUUGGUUAGUAUUGAGCACAAUGGGUAAACUCAAGCCAAUGAAGAGGCUUAGAAGUGAAGUGAAGUGGAGUGGAGUAGCCAUAUGGAACGUUCGUUAUCAGGAAAAACAGGGUCCAGAGAGGGAUCUUUUUAGCUCCACCCAUUGCCAAAAAUGGACAAAGAUCAUGCUCCCCAUAAGAAAAAGUAGUCCUUAAAUUUUCUUAUGUAUAAAUAAAAAAAACUAUGGUGAAUUUCAAACACAUAUAAAUAUAGAAAGUAGUAGUACAAAAAAAUGUAUAAUUUGAAACAAAAAAAUUUAUAAUUUAAUGGGAUGGAUAGUAACGUGUUUACAGUGUACAGCAUGCAAAAUUGAAACUUUUUUUUUUUGUCACAGGCUUCAAAUAUAGAUGACGUUCUAAGCCAUCACAACAACUUUCUUGACAACUGUCUGAAGGACUGCAUGCUCACAAACCCAGAGCUACUUAAGAUCUUCUCCAAGCUCAUGUCUGUCUGUGUCAUGUUCACAAACUGUCUGCAGGUGAGUAACAAAACAGCUCAUCUUUAUCACCACAAGAGAUGCUGUUGAUUUGGAGUUCUGUAGAUCAACUAUUGAAAUACAAUUUUUUUAAAUUUUUUUUUUUAAUGCGUAAGUUUUGUGGAAAAGUGCAUUGAGCUUAAUCACCACAUAAUGCGCUACAUUUCUGUUUAAUACCCUAAAAUUACACUUGCAUGUAGAUUGCCGUCUAGUAAAACAACAAAAAACUGCAAUAGCUGUUAUAUGACCACCUUCUGUAAAUAAUCUGAUUGUUUUUAAUGGGCUUUAAAAGGGGAUGGGUUAAACAAAACAUUCAAUAAAGUGAUAUGGCACUUUGUGCGUAGUGAGAAUAACAACACAUGCAGCUCUUUAAAAUUAAUUCCUCAGGUAACCACAGAAGUUAUAUUACACAUUAACUGUAUUCAGAGUGCAUAUUUAAUUCACAACAGGUUAUAUUGCACAUUUGUUCACUAAAAUCAUCGUUGCCAGGAAUGAUUGAAUGUUUGCAUCUCAAACUGAUAUUUUGAAAAUAUCUAUGCAGGAUCUAUUUGUCUUUUCUUUAUAAGAGAUAUGAUGUAAUGUAUUAAUAAUGUUAUGGGCAAAUGCAAAUAUUACAAGUUUGUAUUUCUUAAACUGUGUACUUUGUCUUUAAGAGAUAUUGCAAACUGACAAGGUGUUAUAAAUGGAACAUAUUGUUUUUCAUAACUGUUUCUUUAAGCAAUAACCUCAGUGCAUAAUAUGUUUGCGCCAUUUUGUCCCAGACGAAUUACAGUAACAAUAAUGCAUAAACAAGCUUCAAGGCUAUACUACGACUCUUUCAGUACACAAUAUACUGUGGUAACCUUAAGUAGAUAAGGAUGUUCAGACUUUAAGAUGCCAUCUUGAACUAAGUCAGGAAAAUUUCCAUGACGUAUACACCCUUUAGUUAUGGCCUUGUAUGUUUGCCAAGUUAAGGGAGGUCCUAAAAUGAAUAAAGUAAAAGAAGUGUUACUUUUUCAUAUAUGAACUAUGGUAACCCUAAAAUGGAGACACCUAAGGUAUAAAUAGGUGUACUUUUAAAUGUUAAGACACAGAGGAGAGACUUGGAGACAGACGCUGCUCCAUCUUAAAAUGACAGAGAGGCUGACAUGAUGACAUGUUCAGAAGGGUAUGUUAACCUAUUAAUGAUAUUUGCAAGCAUUUAAUUUAAUCUUAUAAACUCUGCUAUAAUGGAUUUUAUAUGUCAUAUAUAUAUAUAUUUAUAUUUUUAUAUAAUAAAUAUCUAAAAGACAAAACUAUUGCUUCCAAGACAAUCCUUAUUUUAUAUUGUAUUCUCAAUUAUUUAUAUAUGUUAAAUAGAGGAUCUCUUACUAGCUAUAUACAAUUAUGGCUAAGAUAUCUGUAUGGUUAGCCCUACUAAGUUCUAUGCUUUAAGACAUUAUAGUGGUAAAUAAUGUUCAAAACAGUAUUAUCUGAUUUUUAUUUUUAAUGAAAGCGUUGUCUAAAUAUUUUUUUGUGUGUGCCCUAUUUUAAACCUUUGACAGAGAUUCACACAGAGCAUGCAAGUGCAGACAGAAAUGGAGCGGCUGACACUAGAACAUGGCACAAUGAUGGGACCACCUACACAAAGUGAAAAAAAUGAGGAGGCCAUGAAAAAGAAGCUCACCAGCAAGGUAAGUGGUAUGUAAUUUAACAUGAUUUUCUCCUGCAUCAGGGAACCGUAUCCUUACGUGAUAUGUGCCUCUUGCAGUAUCUAGCAGAGCAUGUGGAUGCCUUUCAGUCUUCAUCUGGCUUUGAGUCUACGAUCAACAAUUUUGACAGUAACUUCUCAACCCACCUCCUUGACCUGCUGGACAAACUGAGCAUGUACAGCACCAACGAUUGUGAGCACAGCAUGAUUAACAUCAUAUACAGGUAAGACCAACAUGAUUGACCGUGUAUACCGGUGAGACCAGCACGCUUACAAAUUCUAUGCAGUGCAUGCUGGCUCAGUUUUCCUAAUCCCAUGAUCUAAGCAUGCUUAGCAGUUUGUGCAGGUCAUACAUAGGUUAAUCCAAUAUAAAAAAAAGUAUAAUUUAAAAAAAAAAAAUAUAUAUAUAUAUAUAUAUAUAUAUAUAUAUAUAUUUGUGGUCAGGGCAAUAUUGCCGUGGUGGUAGCAUAACACAUGAUUCAUAUGCAACAGAACAUAGAUAAUAACACCAGUUGGUUGUGGUGUACCGGAACCGACAAUGCAGUAGGCCUGUAAUAAAGAAGGCAAAAAGAAGUGUAUCAUCCAAAAUUGUAUUCAUACUACAAACAUCAAUUAUUUGGGCAAAUCACAAAAUGCCUGUCGUAACUCAUUAACUGGUUUGGUAUGUAUAAGGUGAAAGCAGAAGAUUUCCAGCGUCCCAUUGUUUUGAUUAUAUGAGCUGGAAUUUGGUUGGAGGAAGCAGAUGAUGCUGCCGCUAUACGGAAAGAAUGUCCUGAGUAAAGACUUGCGUUCAAGCCUAGUCUUGUCAAUAGUACGUGUACAUAAAGCAUAAAUUUUGUGGUGGUAAGAGUGGAACCAUGUGUAGCGGAGAGGCAGUAUAAUCCACAAUAUCUCCGCUGGGUAACAGGAACAACAAAGGAUAAUCCAGGGGAAUCAGCAUGCAAUAAUCCAAGUAGCACUGUAGUAAUCUUUCCUUCCCAAGAACUAGACGACACAUAGGCUGGAAGUCAACUGAGGUCUUUAUUCACAGCUCCACAAUUUAUACAAGUCCCCAUGCAAGGGGUUUCCUGAGUCCUAUUGCAGGGGCAUUCCCAGAGUGGACUACAUGGGGAACUUAAUGUACAGAGCUUUCCUCCCAUCAGGCACUGCUGCACGAGAGGGAUACUCCCACUGGAAUGUACUGUUAAGUGGAUUAUCCCUCCGUGCAGCAGAACCGAAAAUUCACAUUAAAAUCCAUAACUUUUCACAUACUUGACAGAUUUAAACGAAUGGACGUUCGGUAGAUAGCUGGGGUCUGAGCACACCGUUCGUGUGAAUACCGCUCAGAUCCCAGCUAAAACAACCGAACGCCGUACGAAAAACACAUUAUUCACAACACAAGUUAAAAAUACCGAUUGACAUAGAUGAAUAAAGCUACCGAACGUCCCGGGACUCCCGAACGCUCUGGAAGCCCAGCAGUGUUCGCGCCGUCGAGUAGCCGUUUUCAGUUCCAUGCGCUCGACGACCAAACACCGCUGGGGGAACAAAGGAUCCAAGAUGGCCGACCGCCACAUGGUCGGUAGUCGAACGGCGGCCACCUAGGAGAGCAUCUAAUUACCGAUUGCAACAUUGUUGCAAUCGGUUAACAAGCGCCACACGUCUCUUAGUGUGUGGGCUAUUGGCAGUUCAUUCGGUUCACGAACGGCUCGCAAAAGUGCCGUUCGUGAAACGAAAUAGAAACUGACUAUCUGCGUUCGGCAGAUCCAAUACAAGUAAUAUAGCAGGCAGGAUACAGCAGAUGCAAACAGUUACAUACACAAAAUAUACCGGCAACCCUUAAAGGCAUAUUGUCCCUGUUUAGUCCAAGUGGCUAGGUUUGCCACACCAUGUAGUUCUAAUAGUGAUUGAUGUGGAAGUUUGUGAAAGGUGUUGAAAUAUGUGUCCAAAAAUGUAACCGGGCAUCAUUUAUUAGAGGUAGGGAAAAGGGGUAUGUCAAUCAUGAGACCUAUUUGGCUGGUUUUGGAAUGGUGAAGGGAAAGAAUGUUGGUCUAUAGAUUUGUGGAUAUCUGCCAUUUUAAGGUGGUCUGUGGUUGUGACAUUGAUGGAGGUAAAUUCCCUUGGACGUAAGAAUCCAUAAAAAGCAAGAUAUAUGGCUGUUUUAAGCACCAUAUUGGUAGUAUGUUUGAACGGAGCCGUAUCUAACAGGUAAGAUAAUGACUGGAAUAUGUUGUUGUGAAUGGGUAGUCUUAUAGGUGUGUGUCUGACUUUUGGAUUCCCUUCAGCAGUGUUUUGAUCUGGUAUGCCAAAAGGAGUCCUGUUUUGUUUGGGUGUUGUAUUAACAUGUGGUGUUGAAUGCCCGUUAAAUACAGUUUGAUAGUGUUGAAAGAUAACUUUAAAUUAAUGUGGCAUAAAGAAGUGAAUCCCAACAUAUUCUCCAAAGCAAAAGUGUCCUGUAUGUGAAAUUCCACCAAGAAGAGGUGAGAAAAGUGUGCCACAUACAUAAAUUGGCUGGUUCGUGAGUCGCCUGAGGGGAGGUUCGGGAAUAAAGAAAGUAACCGUAAGAUAAAAGAUCUACCUUGGGGAAUGAUCCUCGUUGCAAAAUUGAGCGACCCCAGCAGAGAUUGAAGUUCCUUUCAGUUACAAGAACCUAGCUGUAAGUAUAAUUCAAUGCUCGCUAGGGUGCGCCCAAUCUUAUCCUGGGGAAGACUUGCCGAGUUGAAGUUUUUUGGUGGGUUUUUUUUAGGGGAGACCGGUAUACCCAGAGACUCAAAAAGAGUCAACAUUUGUGUCAGGCAGGCAGGGGGAAGUGAGUUGUUUUGUAUAGUGAGAAAAUCGUCCAAAUAGUGAACUACAGUCGGUCAUCUGCAGACAUUAAGUAGUAACCAACACAAGGUUUCAGGGAAAAAAUAUCAAAUAUUUUGGGGAUGCUUUUAGAGCCGAAGGUGAGCUGGGAGAAGAAAUAAUAUAGCCCUCGCCACUUAAUGCCGUGCAGAUGCCAAAGUGAAGGGUGAAUGGAAUGGAAUUUGAAAGCAUUGACAAUGUCCCAGCAGCCAAAAUGGCCCAGAUGGCAUUGUCAGUUGUGGAAUAUUGCAAUAAUAAUUCGUCAGAGCAUAUGAGGGAAUUUAGACUGGGGACUGUUGAGGAAUGUGGUGACGAUAAGUCGAUGAUUAGUCUGUGUUUGUGAUGUCUUAUCCGUGACGAUCCCAAUGGGGUUGGUUCUCCAUGAACAUAAAGGAGGGGAAUUGAAAGGCCCUAGCACAAAUCCCUCUCCUAAUUCAAUGUUGAUAAGAUCAUCUACCAACUCUGGGUCUGCUAUCGCUGUCUGCAAAUUAUUGCAGUUGAGCAUACCAGACAGUAAGUGGAUAAUGCCCGUAUGAAACCCUGUAGACAACUCUUAGGUGAGAAAUCUAACCAAGUGUUGUGAGGGGUGGUGGUGUAGUAAAAUAGCAAAUAAUGUGACAUUGAUGCAAGUGAUGUAAGGUGUAGGGAAUAGUUAAUUAGGGCACAUGGUUUUUGUAUGUGCCCGAAAACAGAAGGCAUAGACGUCUAGCUGUCUACAGGAACUAAACCCACAAGGUCCUGCAUUAAAAUUAUUACAAAUCUGGGAUUUGCCCAGAAAAACAAUAUCUCUACCCAGUUUAUCCUUAAAACCUUUAGUUGGCCUUGCGCAGUUAGGGACUGAGUGGCCAUGUUCCACUUCAGCCGAAUUAGGGCAUAGAUUGGUGGAGUGUGACGUGGAUGCACAAAUCGCACAAACCAGGGACCUGAGGCCUGCAAAAUAGCUCAGUAUCUAAUCUGCUCCAGUUGAUACUGUAGUUAAACUGUGCCAGGGCUGCGGCCACCUUUGCAGAGAAGGAACCGUGGUAGUCAUAGAAGGCUGAACCACCGUAUUUAUGCCCCAGAUCCACAAGCUUGUGCAAGUAUACAUCCAAUUCUUCCCUUUUUUCUGGAUAAACUGAGCAGUACACAUCCCUGUAUUCGCCAAAACCUAAAACAAAUUCGGGUAUGGACAAUUUUUUAUUUAACCUAGGAUCUCUAGCCCUCAGUACCACUGAUAUGUCCCCCAUAUCCUGUUCUCAAGGACAUCUUAUGAGGCUAUUAGGAGCGAGACUAGGUUAACAUCCUUGCCCUCCAGGAUAUCUUUCUUGAGAUUGGCCAGGACCAUAUGCACUGGGUUUAUAUUCUCUGGAAUUUGAGAUGGGACAAGAGACUUACCCGGAGUGGCAGGUGAGCAUAGCAUGAACAUCUGGUAACUGGGAUCCGCUAGGCCCCUCCUGCUCCCGCUCCCCUAAGUUGUCGAUGUUUGUAUUAAGAAGUCUGAAGAGCUCUGCUUUCCUGGCAGUAGCCAGGCAUGGAAUACAUAGUUUACGGAGUUCAGCAGUCAGACGAGGGAUCGUCCAUGACCUUAUAGAAGUUGGACUAGCCGUAUCAGCACCAUGGGCAGGGGUAUCGGACCUAGCUGGGGAGCAAGGAAGGGAUAGUUCUUCUGGUGUAUCAGGAACUAGAGACAUCCUGAAAAAAAAAAAAAAAUAUAUAUAUAUAUAUAUAUAUAUAUAUAUAUAUAUAUAUACAUAUAUAUAUUACCAUCAGUAAUAAGUCAUAAUCAGGGACUGGCUGGCUAGCUAAUGCCAAGCGGCGAAAAAGUAACUAAAAGAAACGUGACAGGUGAGUCCGUGCUAAGUCUUUACAACAGGACUAAAGUAUAUGCUUAAGUGCAUGUAUUCGAAAGUGCCGAACACAUAUUCAAUACGAAAAGGUAAGGGAGGGAGAGGGAAAACAGAGACCCACCCUUUGAUGACGCUACACAAGUGCGACCGUACGGCAACGGUGUGUGUCUGACGUACGGUAGAAACGAGCAGUUCUGAGCACAGGCACCGAGCCAGCUGGAGGGGCAGCGGUACUGUAACGUUUGGCAAGUGAUCAGAUAUGCAGAAUGUAAAUAGAACAGGAGCAAGAAAUCAGGACACGAGGAAACUGCAGGAGAUGGCAAAAUGGCGACCAGAAGUAGUCACACAACUCGCCAGACCAUCAAUGGUAAAAUGGGAGAGGUUUGGCAGCCCUUAUAAAGGGGACCAAAGCCCCUCCCACAACUACAGACCCAGCCUUAAAUCUAUAUAUAUAUAUAUAUUCAUAAUCUGGUAGUUUUAUGCAGUUUUAGUCUGAUCAGAUCUGAGUUUGUUAGUGUUCUGUACUGUGAGAAUAAAGGGUUACUCCAAUUCUUACUUUAACUUUAUUUUAUAUAAUGCUUUAUUAGGCACUAUAUAAUGAUUAUACCAGCUUGACAUAGUGUUAAAAACUAAAUUAUGUUGUAUAAUAUCUAAACUGCGCUUCCAAUAAAAGAAAACUCCACAUUAUGUGCAAAUACAAUUUGCUAGAUCAACACAUAAAUGUAUAUAUGAUAAAUGCAAUACCAAAAAACUUUAUCCUGUUAAUAAAAUCACUGUGGAGACAUCUAAAAUACAAGCAGAGUGAUUUUUGUUUUAUUAUAUAUAUAUAUAUUUCCGUAAAACUAUACAGUGAAUAUUCCUCGCAAUCAAUUGGCUUAGUAAAAGUUCAAUAAUUACUGAUUAGGCACUAGUAGCUUGGUCCACCUCACUUUUUUUAAUUCUAAAAACUUCAAAAAUAAGAAUGAACUUACCAGUAAGCCAGUGCCAGGAGAACUUAUUCCAUGCCAAGGCAAUCGUCAUGCAGUGUCACUUCUUGUUCCUUAUUGCAUGUUUUUAAUCAAGAAGCAUUUAAUUGGACUGAUCACCAGGCUCAGAGUGUAUGUGUACGUUCUGAGGAAGGGAUGGAAUGUGCGGUGGAUAAGAUAGGUGAACAAAAGGUGGGAAUUAAAAGAAAAAAGAACUAAUUCAGAAUGUAGGUAAGUGGGGAGUUCUGGGCGAGCGCGCAGAUGGAGGGGACUUACAAGUUUCUCCUUGCAGGCGCGCUCACAGCGCUGCUUUCAAGGGUAGUUGCAUCUAGCCAAAAGUGCAGAUUCAAGCAGACCUUAUGCACAUACAGAUUUAUUGCUCCAUGACCACUUCUAAAAGAAGAAGUGGUCAUGGAGGCAGAAGUAACCCUAUACAAUUGAAAGGCCACACACAGUAAAGUGUACUGUAUAGUAGAUCCUGAAAAUAUAAGGAGCAAUAGGUAUAAAAGAUAAGAAAAAAUGUAAUGGUGUGUUCCUGAGGUCUUAGCUGUAUAUGCAUUUUAUUGAAUGUAAGUGAAUGGUAAUUAUGUCCAUAUGUACUAUGCUUAUUGACUGGUAAAUGAUGAAUGCAUACAGCCAAUGUCCAGUGUUGUGCUCCUGGCAGCACUCCUUUGGAUAACUAUUUUUUUAAUAUUUUUCACAGGUUGGAUUUUAAUGGAUUCUACACAGAAAGUUUGAAGCAACUGUCUGCAGAGAGAAACCAGAAGGUGACCCCCCAGGCAGCACUUUUACGACCGCCCGUAGCCACACAGUGAACUUGUACAUCAGCCAAGGAAUAAUUCCCUCCAUAAGCUAUCCUAUACUUUCUCACUAAAAAGCACCCCCAUCCUUGUGCUUCUUUUUUUGUUCAUUUGAGAUCUAUUUACCGAUUAUCGUAGGGUUUUGGAAACCGAAAUUUAUGCAAGCCCUGAAUGAUACUAGUUUCUGCUAACUGGAAGCUGUACAGUGAGGGUCUUUAUUUUGUCUGAUUUCCAAAAUGAUUUGUUUAGAACACUUCGAGCUUAUCCACUUCAAAUAUAGCGCCUUUUUGGGGGAAGCUAAAAAAAAAAAAUACAAUUUAACUCUGAGAAAACAGAUCAAGCCGUUAUCAAAUGGAUUUCUGUUACCCACCACUUUUUUUCUCUUUAUGAUCAUUGAUGUAACUCAUUUGUUCAGUCCACAAUUAUAUUGUUUGUCUUGUGGAAUACAUUUGGCUACAUUUCUCGUGCUUCACGAAACCUAUCUAGGACUGUAUAUGUGAUUUUAAAAGAUUUUCAUUUUUUUGCACAUCCUCAACAAAGAGAUUUAUAACUCGGAAAUAAGAAAACUGUCUGCCAUUUCCUCUGAAAGGAUUUAAUGUUUUUUUACUGCCUAAUUAUUUGCCUACAAAGCUCGUGUGACUAAACAACACAAUAAAACAGAUAUUACAGUACUAAUAUUUGAGUGCCAUUAUUCUUGUUUUUCAUUUGUGCUUUUUUUAUAAUUCACACAAAUGCUUCCUUCCUUCCUUCCAUCCAUCCAUAUUAGGUAAUUGCAUGAGAGGUUGAUGGAUACAAAAAACAAAAACACUUAAAAUAUACAUUUUCUCCAGUCAGCUUUCAGAGAGCUACAGUGAAGUAGGAAAUUUCCCAAGAUUGCACAUAAUUCCAUAUGUAGACUCGUGUGCUAAUAUUUGUUGCACAUAGCUUGAGAAGGGGGGAGAGUCUCCGAAUAAUAUGAGGUCAUAUAUACAAAGUCAUCUGUCAUAUAUACAAAGUCAGAACUCUAAUGCCGAAAGUUAUCUAAAGAGUGCAUGUAUGUCAAGGGUUUUGGGUUUCUUUAUGUUUAAGUCUUCUAUAAUGAAUGGAUGCUGUCAUUACCCCCAGUACUCUAUCCAUCCAAUGCUGAACCAAGAGGGCUGAGGCAAACCUCCACAGGACACAGGUGAGAGCCUUGACAGCAGUAAGAAAAGGUUUAGUCAACGAUUUCUUAUAUGUAGAGAGGUACAAUGUAAGAGCAUGUCUUAUGACCUCCUAGAAUAUUUUCAUUUUAACAUGAGCUUUUCUCCAGUACUCCACAGUAAAAUUAAACCACUGACUGAUCCUGCCAUGACCCUAUUUCUUCUUCCACUUGCUACAGCCCCACCACAUCACUUUUUGCCUCCUGGACCAUACCCCAGAGAACUGUCAUAUUAUUUAUAGAAAAACUUUAAAUAGUAAAAUUAUUCAAUAGAUCUAACUGCACAAUUUAGUAGAUAUAUAACUUAAUACUAUGAAAUAACUGUAUAAAUUCACUCCAACUCUAAAACCUAUAAAGUUCACCAAUAUAGUAAAAAAAAAAAACAUAUAAAAUUAGAAAAAUGCUCUUGCAUUGUAUGCAUACUGGAUGUCCAUAAGAUAGUUCAAAUGUUGUGCAGCACUACAACAUGAAAGUUGCCAUUCCAAUAUUGUGCCAACGCUGUAACAAGCAGUUUUUUUAAUAGUAGAAAUCUCAGUGGAUAUUUGAAGAGGCUGGUUCACAUCUCUGCGCUUUUGUGGAUCUCCCUAUUUUCUGACGCACAGACUGAUUCAGACCACAGGCAAGAGUCGGUAACCUGCAAAGACAAAUGUUGUGGGAGCUGAAGGAACUCAAGAAGGGUAUUGGACCUACUCAACAGCACCGUGGCAAGAAUGGCCUGGAGGUUCUGGUAAACUGGUUCUCACCACCAUUUGCUGCCUCUUCUACAAGGUGUAGGUCAGGGGUGUCCAAACGUUUUUUCAAAGAGGGCCAGAUUUGAUGAAGUGAACAUGUGUAAGGGCCGACCAUUUUGCCUGACUCUUUGAACCAUUCAAAUUAAAUGCAAAUUAACUAUUUUAUGCAAUGUUUAUUGCAAAUGGCAUACUUUUAAUUUCAUCACAUGGAUGACAAAUCUAAACAGGUGUUAAAUCACUCUGCCUUUCAUAUCUGAAGGCCAGAUGAAAAAAAAAAAAACAGGAAGCUGAUAUAUGUCAGGAACAUUGUAAAGUACAUUACAUAUUAAGGUCCCCCACCCUUAUUAGUAUUUAGGGCCCCCACCCACCGCUCAGGGGUGGGGUCCAGGGGGGAGGACAUUAGGUCUAUCCCCCCUUAUUCUGAUUUAGGGCCCCCACUCACCAUUCAGGGGGGAGGACAUUAGUUCCCCCCCUUAUUAGUAUUUAGGGCCCCCACCCGCCGCUCAGGGGGGAGGACAUUAGGUCUCCCCCUUAUUCUAAUUUAGGGCCCCCAUCCACCGUUCAGGGGUGGGGGGCCAGAGGGGAGGACAUUAGGUCCCCCCCUUUAUUAGUAUUUAAGGCCCCCACCCAUCGCUCAGGGAGAAGGACAUUAGGUCCCCCCUUAGUAUUUAGGGCCCCCACCCACCGCUCAGGGGUGGGGGCGGGGGGGGAGGACAAUAGGUCCGACCUCUUAUUUUGAUUUAGAGCCCCCACCCGCCGCUCAGGGGAGGGAGCUGGGGGGAGGACAAUAGGUCCCCCCCCUUAUUCUGAUUUAGAGCCCCCACCUGCCACUCAGGGGAGGGGGUCGGGGGGGGAGGACAAUAGGUCCCCCCCAUUAUUUUACCUUAGGGCCCCUACCCACCGCUCAGGGGUGGGGGCCGGGGCGGAGGACGACAAUAGGUCCUCCCCUUAUUCUACUUUAGGGCCCCAACCCACCGCUCUUGGGAGGGGGGGGGACUUUUUUUUUUGUUUGUUUGUUUUUAAAAGUGAGCAGCCACAGGCUGCUCACUGUUUACUAGACAUGCCAGCCACUACUCGCGGUAUAGCGAGUAGGGGCAUAAUUUACUAAUACUAAGUAACCUUUACUUAGUAUUAGUAAAUGUGGCUGAAAGACAAAUUUAGGUCUUUCAGCCUUUUAGUAGAUAGCUCCCUAAUACCCUGGGAAUUAGGGAGUAAUCUACUUAUUCAUUCCUGUCAUUACAUUUACUGGCUAAGUAACUUACAUUUUAUAUGAAUGUGUGUUACUUGAGUGUUGCAAAUGCUUACAGCUGAAUCCUGGCUAUGUUUAUAUACUUUUUAUUUAAAAUUGUAUACAGUGUAACAUUCUUCAUUCUUCCACUGGGUAAGUAUAUUAGUACUUAGGCAGUACUGUACUUCGGAACUUCGGCAAUUCAUCUAUUCGGACAUUCGGAAGUACCUGAAUGAACCAAAUUGCCCGAAAAUUCAUCCGAAUUCACAUUCGGACCGAAGCGAAUUGCAUGUGUCUAUUCACCGCUGCAUCUUUCCCCUGGAGACUCGUGUUCAGUACAUUCAGAUGUUUUGUUAUGUCAACUAAAACCCCAAAUCAGCCAGCCAAAAAGGAUCAGAUAGUUCUCGCAUUGGUUGUCCCUUUGUUUCCAAGAAUUCUCCGAUUUCCUUUCUGAGAGAAUAUAAACGCUACAGUGCAGACCCUCGACUGAGUCAUCUCACAUCGUUGUGAUAUAAAACAUCUUCGCAUUCAGCCUGGAUGUCCAGUAGAAACAGUUUAAACUGUCGGUGGCACAGGGCUUUAUAGCGAAUACAAUUAAUAGUCUUCAGCACCGGUUUCGUAACAUGAUCGUAUUUGAGAUGUUUACCACAGAGAACUUGUUGAUGAAUGAUACAAUGGAGUUUAACAGCUUUGCCUCUUUCUUCGAUCACCUUGUUACAGAUUAAGGUUGAUAAUCCACUUUGUUCGCCAGCCAUGACAGGUGCCCCAUCAGUAAUAAUCCCAGUAACUUUGUUCCAAGGCAUUUUCAUGUCAUCUAUGGUGGAACUAACAGAAACAAAUAAAUAUUUUCCUCUUGUUUGGUCCCUAAGACUCUGGAGGUCAAGUAACUCUUCAGUCACAUUCAUUUCAUCGUCCACCCCUCUCAUAAAAAUCAGCAACUGAGCUGUGUCAGAUAGAUCUGUGUUUUCAUCACGGGCUAUUGAAAAUAAGUCAAAAUCCACUCUUUUGGACGUCAACUGUCUCUUAAUAUGUCAUGAAAUAUCUUUCUCCGUGCUACAGCGUUACGAGCUAGGCAAAUGUUGGCAAACUCUUGCUUGUUCUCGGCACAGAUAUUCUCAACCAUUUUCAUAACGCAUUCUUUGAUAAAUUCAUCCUCCGCAAAAGAUUUGCUAUUUUUAGCAAUUAACAUUGCCACCUCAUAGUUACAUAGCUGAGAAGAGACUUGCGUCCAUCAAGUUCAGGCUUCCUCACAUAUGUUGUUGCUGUUGAUCCAAAAGAAGUCAAAAAACCUAGUCUGAAGCGCUUCCAAUUUUGCCACAAACUAGGAAAAAAAUCCUUCUUGACCCCAAAAUAGCAGUCAGAUGUCUCCUUGGAUCAAGCAGCUAUUACCACACUAAUUAGAAAUUAUAUCCCUGUAUGUUAUGUUUUUGUAAGUAUUUAUCCAAUUGCAGUUUAAACAUCUGUAGUGACUCUGACAAAACCACCUCUUCAGGCAGAGGAUUCCAUAUCCUUAUUGCUCUUACUGUAAAAAAAAAACCUUUUCUUUGCCUUAGAUAAAAUCUCCUUUCUUCCAGCCUAAAUGUGUGACCUCGUGUCCUAUGUAUAGCCCUGUUUAUGAAUAGAUUUCCAGAUAAAGGUUUGUACUGGCCCCGAAUAUAUUUGUAUAAAGUUAUCAUUUCCCGUCUCAGGCGCCGUUUUUCCAAACUAAACAGAUUUAAUUUUUUUAGCCUUUCUUCAUAACUAAAAUGCUCCAUUCCUUUUAUCAAUUUUGUAGCUCGUGUCUGGACUUUUUCUAGUGCCAUGAUAUCUUUCUUUAGAACAGGCGCCCAAAAUUGCACAGCAUAUUCAAGGUGUGGUCUUACCAGCGAUUUAUAAAGAGGCAAAAUUAUAUUUUCAUCCCGAGAAUUUAUGCCCCUAUUUAUACAUGACAAAACUUUACUGGCCUUAGCAACUGUAGAUUGACAUUGCAUAUUGCUGCCUAAUUCACUACCAUUUAGUGUGUAAGUUGCUUGUGCAUUCUUAACCCCAAAGUGCAUAACAUUGCAUUUCUCUACGUUGAAUGUCAUCUGCCAUUUUAGUGCCCAGUCCCCCAAUCUAUCCAAAACCCUCUGCAAAGCUCGCCCUUGUGACAUUUUCAUUUGACUCACAGGCCUUUGUGAAAAAUCACUUUUGUGACAUUAAAACAGCUUCAAGUUGCUUACACUUUUCACUGCGGUCGUGCCCUGUUAGCUUGUCGUAUGUGCUAUGUCUUGACUGGUAGUGUCUCUUGACAUUAAAUUCCUUAUAAACAGCCACAGUCUCUUGGCAUAUCAGACAAACAUAGUGAUUCCGUAUUUCAGUGAAGAAAUAUUCCACUUUCCACUUGUCCUGGAAGCGGCGGCCCUCACUGUCAACUUUCCUUCUCUUAUUCACAGUCACCAUUUUAGAAAUUGUCCAGAAGGGAAAGGGAUCAUGUGAGCGCAGUGCCAGAGGUUUUGAUUUAAGUGUGUUCGCACAAACACUAAUACACUGCCCAACAAGAAUUUGCCAGAGAUCUCUUCUCUCUUUAUUCUAUCUCAGAUCUUUUUAUUCUUUCUCAGAUCUCUUUAUUCUGUCACUAUACAAAUCUCUUUAUUCUGUCUCAGAUAUCUUUAUUCUGUCUCAAAUCUCUUUAUUCUGUCUCAAAUCUCUUUAUUCUGUCCCUUCUCUUUAUUAUGUCCCUUCUCUCUUUAUUAUGUCCCUUCUCUCUUUAAUCUGCCCCCUUCUCUCUUUAUUAUGUCCCUUCUUUAUUAUGUCCCUUCUCUCUUUAUUCUGUCUCUUCUCUCUUUAUUCUGUCCCUUCUCUCUUUAUUCUGUCUCUUCUCUCUUUAUUCUGUCGAAGAGAUCCCGCAACAUCCAAGAGAUCGUGAGAACGCAGACUGAGGACAUGCAGUCCCACGGCGUUCAAAGAUCCAGAGAAUCUCUGGAUCUUUGAAUGCCGCAGGACUGCACGUCCUCAGUGGCACUCAGGGAUUCACUGGGGGCCACAACAUAUAGAUUUAACAAAUUACCUGUGGGGCUGUAUUAAACUGGAACUCGGGCCGCAAUUGGACAUGACUGUUGUAGGUGUCUUUGGAACAUCCCUGCCCAAAAGCCGUUCUAGAUCUCUAGAAGGGGAUUUUUUUUUCUAGUAUUUUUGGUUAUUCUUCUUUUGAGUGUUUUUUUUCUUUCUCUUCUUUUACUAUUUAUUAUGUGAUUUCCACCCCACCCAUUUUGAAGAAAUAAAUUUAUUUCCAAAUGAAAAAUAUUAAUAUUUUUUUAUUAUUAUGAUACCUCUUAUUAGGCAUAUUUAGAUGUUCAAUGGUAUAUUUGUAGAGGUCAUGACAAAUGUGAACAAAUUGUGAAAAUGGUUGUGUAGCGGAAUGGAUACACUAACUACACUUUUAUUCCCUUUAGUUUAGCUGUCCAUACACCACCGUUCGUUUACUGAACCAACUUUGUGUGAUCCACUGUUAACACCUCACGAUCAUACACGCUCCGAGAACUGGCAGCCAUUUUGUCUCCUGAAUGCAGGCAGCGGUACAUGGUCAACGACGGCCUGGAACUAUUUUCGGAUACGCGACCCUUCUAACACCCAGGAAACUAGUACCGCCGCCCAUCCAACUUCCCGAACCGUUUAGAUAACAGCAUUUGGGAGGCAUUAACUACCGAACAGGGAGAGCAUUCACUCCCUAACAGUCAGGGGGAGCAUUCGUCUGUGUUCGUGUGAGAACCCCUGAAGGAUGACCGGUCGUGGCCUUGUUUUCCAUGGAACUGUUUUGGGGCAUCACCUCGUUACCAACCGGUCAAAACUUCAUUCGAAUGGCGUUCCUGAACCACAAAAGGGAUCUGCGCACUAUUUCAAUAAAGUGGGCACUCAGACCCAAGCUAUUCGGUGAUAUGACUUUUGUGGGGUUCCUAUGUUAUUAAAAUGUACUUUUAUGAUGUUUUUUAGUAUUGUAUAUGUUUUCUGUAUCCGAGAGAUAAUUGAGUUAUAGUUUUCUCACGCAAUUAUCUCUCAGAAACAGAGACUCUUGGGAGGAAAACCUUUGUGAUUUUGAUGUGGAGACCCCAUACUAGGGGUCAGUGCAUAAAAGCCAUGUGUGACCAAAAUAAACUCAGUUGACUCUCAGAACGAUGUGUCAUCUAGUUGCUGGGGGGGCGAAGUUUCUUGGAUUAUUAUACUGCUUCUUUCAGAUUCCAGGAAGGAAUAGCGGAGAUACCUGUGCUUGGUACUGGAGCUCCGCUACAGGCUGUGUUAUCUUACUGAAGGUGAUUUUGCUGUAAAAUCACUAGUGUUAUUAUGAACUUAUAAUUUUUAUUGUGAAAUCUAAAAUGUAUUGGCCUAUGCUUCCUAAUCAGUGUGAGAGAUGGCAAUUUCCUUAUAUUCAACUAGUGUAUCUUACAGUCAGAAUACAUUUAUAUUAAAUGUCAUAUUAGCAAUGGUUUACGGUGAUGUAUGAUCUUUAUAUAUUGUAUGAUUUAAUGCUAUAGUCAAUAUGAUCAGUGGUUAUUUAAGAUGCUGUCUUACCUUACACUUUCUUACCUGAAGGAGUUAAGCCUUUCUAGAAGGGGUUAAACCCCAAAGGUUUCCUCCAGCACCUCUAUCACUUCCCCCGGCAGCGUUCGGCUUUUUCAACUGACUUUCAAGUAGCGUGGAGUGCCACCAGGCAGUGUCACUGCCGAUUGGCUAUAGCGAUCAGCUAUUGCUCGAUGCUCUAAACAAAUCCAUAGCUUCCUGUUCAUAAAACAAAAUGUACAUAUGUAUGUGUAUAUUCCUUAUAAUGAGCAAUAUAUGUAUCAUUUGCCUAACUUUUAUCUUUAUUUGAAUUGCUGCCCAUUUGGUUUACCAUUUAGUAUGGUUUGCAAUGGUUUAAUAUGAUUUUUUGCAAUAGUUUAAUAUGUAAUUUUAUAUUGCUAUAUACGGAAUGUAUAUUUACCUGUAGAAUGUAUGGGGACUUCGCAGUUGUUAACCUGAUAGUUUUGUCUUUCCACCAAGCAGAGGCAGGUUUCUUUAAAAAUGUUAUUUAAAUUUUUUUUAGGGUUUGCGGCAGCUGUUCAACUUUAACCACAUGGUUGCAAAACAAAAACAUUUAAUUGUUUCUAUUGCUUUGGGAGUCAUUAGCAGUAACUUUAUCCAAUAAUUCCUCAUCACUAAUGGUAAGAUGUUACGGUUGGAAAACAGCAUCUAUGUGCCAAGGUUAGUGUCUGCUUGUAGUAUUCGCCCGCUAACAUUUAGCAACAAGAUUGGAAAUGAGCCCCGAGUAAAAUAUAGUUUUAAACAAAAGAUCAUUUUAAAAACGGUUAGGCAUUUAUUUUGUUACAGCUGUUCAGAAUGAUAGUGCCAGGCUGGACUUGCAAAAUAAAGGUCAGCUAAUGGGAAUAGAAAUUAAUACAAGACCAGGAUGUGAACAGGAUCUGAUAAGUAGAACUAAAAAAAAUGAAGCUAGGCAGGAUAAUUGUGGCUGAAAUGUAUUUUAGCUGAAUAUAGUACCCUGAUAGGUUGAAUUGUGAAGUCAACAUUCUGUAAGAAGUUUAAAGGACCAUAACUCUACACUAAUAGUACAGUACAGUAUCUAGGGUCUGGGUGCUGCUACACACUCAUCUCUGCUAUUAGGAGAGCUUCUGUUAGCUCUUCUAAGCUAAGUCCAGCAGUGCAGGGCUAGGUUAUUGGCUGAGAGUGUCAGUUGAUUGCACUCAACCAAUGAGGUAAGCUCUGUUUUUCUCCAUGAAGCUCAAUUAAGAGAGCUUCUGGCAGAGAAGUGUGGAGCAGAACCUGGCGGACCUCAGGUAAGUAGGUCAAAAGUUACUAAUUGGCUUUAUUCCUUACUCUAGGGGAUGCCAUGGUACUCCUAGCACAAUAACCAAUACAGCUCACUUUAGUGAUUAUGAUUCUUGGAGUGUUUCUUUAACACUCAAAAACCAAGGGGAGGUAAGUACAGUCAAAUACAUAUACAGUAUAUUUUGGAAUAUAGGACACAGUUUCUUUUUUUUUCUACACAAAAUUUGGGCUAAAAAACUGACUGCAUCUUAUAUGCCGAAUGCUAUAGAUACUCUAUAUAUACAGCAGAAGGGUAGAAUCGGUGGGAAGAUCAAAGAUCUCCAUCACCGUGCCAUUGCAGAUUUGUAAAGGAGAGUGACCCCAGGAGAUUUUCUGCUCAUCCGCCAGGUCCCCUCUUUCUCGUGAGUGCCCCCUUACCAGAAUGUUGCCACAGGUUACCACACUGCCUAAUGCUGCAAAAUUCUGGGGCUCUUGAGAAGAGUCUGUACCCAGCAGAGGUGCAGGCAGGAGUACUUCCUAUACCGCCAGCAGUUAUUAUAGAAUAUGCCAUUGCCAGAGCAGUUGAUGUUCCAAAUACAAUACUGUAUUUAGAUUUGUCUCCGGAGAUACUGUGAUGGUAUCAUCCUUUCAUACCUGCCAGCACCACGGACCAUGCCACCUGGGUACAUUGUGACCCUCCUCCACAGCCAGUGGUAAAAGGUAGGGAUGGAAGAAAAACCCAAAGUAAAGCUGAUAAAAUAAAUAUAUAUAACUGCUCUUCUCUAACCCCCACCACAGAACACAGUCCCUAUUCCACCCCACAAAUGCACAUACAAGCACUGAAUUCCCUACACACAUAUACACUACAAUCCAUAAACACAGUGUGAAAACAAAGUGUGAAUUAUAAGUGACAGUAAGAUGUAACUUUAGUUUCAUUGUUUUAUUUUUUUUAUAAGCCUUUGCUAUUUCCUGAGGGAGUAUUCACUGGACUAACCUUCAUACUGCAUUUUAUUUAUUUAUUUUCCGUAUUGCAGGAAUAGCUGAAUCUCACUAGAGGGCAGUAUUUAUAUACAAUAUAGAACUCUGCACCACUAAACAGCUGUCUCUCUGGUUUGCCCUUUUAGCUGCCAGGUCAGGAUGUGCAAUGAUACACAGGGUGUUGGCACAUUCAGGCCGUGUAUGUAUCAGCAGAGGAAAUGAACAUGCUGGUUUCCUUUGUUUAAUGGGGUCUCAAAUCCCAUAAAUCCCAAAAUGAACAUGCAGGGUAAUCUCAGAAACUUUGUAUAAACCAUACGUAUCCAUAUUGCUGAGAAUGAUGUAGACAGCUGCUGUUUGUCAUUAAUCACUAAUGGCCAACAUUUGCUAUUAAAUUAAUGCUGGAUUAUUGUUGGAUACAUGUUUUUUUUUUUGUUUGUUUUUUUUUUAAAUCUGUCUAUAGCAUUAAAGCAUAUGAACGACUAGAUGCAUAUCCAUAGAUGAGUAGUGUGUUACGUAAAAAGAAAAACAUUUGACGAUCCCUCUUAAAACAGGAUUUGAAGUAUGCUAGCAACAAUCUAAAACAAAUGUUUUGCUCCCCACUGGUACGGACAGGUCUAUAAACAAAAGUAUAGAAACAAUAGUCAAAAUUCCCCACUUUAUAUUGCUUUAUGGAAAAAAAAAUGUUUAAAUAAAGAUAUUUGCUUUCAAAGUUCCUGAUGCUUUUUUCUUUUUUGUUCUCCUCUGUCCAUAAUGUCUGCAGUUUGCCCUUCUGUGGGAUUCUUUUGAGUGAUGGAUUAAUAAAAAAUUAAAUAAAAGCCAAUACACAAUGUCUACGUCCAGGUUGGCCCGGGCUUUUGUCUUGGAAACUCAGAGGCCUGUACUACUCACCCCUCCCCCCAGGCCGGCGGGGAUUAUCUCGGCCCCCACUACCUACUCACCUUUCUGCUUAUGAGGGAAUCCCGCACGGCUUAACUAAAAUGGCCGACGGCAACGCUCCCAUGAAGCAUGAUGUGGAAGCUUGGAUGCAGAGCUGGAUGGAAGGCUUCCUCAGCGCAUUUGAUGCCAUCUGCCGGAGGUUUUGGUGGAAUCUGAGGAAAAGCAGAAGGCAACUCACACAGUCAGAUGACCCUGCGGUUCAACCUGAAAACAGAGUUCCUGCUCGGAAACUCCCCUCUGGAAGGAGACCAAAGCGUAUUCGACUGCCAGCUUGUACGCAACGCACCCGAGAAUAA